CUUGUUGGCAGAUCCUGGUAACUCAAUGCUUCUGAAACCAGCCACUUGCUGGCCCUGGCUGGCUCUUGCUCAGGGGACCACCCAGGCCCCCUUUUGGAAUGGCAAAUGGGAAACUCCAAGUUUUCUGCUCAACUCUUCAGGGGUGGACUGGCUGUCAAAGGCCAGACCUGCUGCAAGAAUGUGGGCACUUGAGCACUUACAGCGCUUCGUAGCCACUCAAUGCCCCGCAGCAUUGCCGCCAACGACUCAUUCUCUCAGAGGCAUCCGGUCAGGAACGCUCGCUCUCGUAUCACAAGCUCAAGUUCAGCACCGCCGCGACACGUUUCCAGACGACAAAAUGUUUCCUGUUUGA